AUCCCCCGCUUGGACGGGGGCGAUGGGAGCGGGGCCGAGGGCGGGCCUGGCCCCGGCGGCUCCUGAGGGGUGCCGCCGGUGCGCAGCGGAGGGACCGUCGGGGCUCUGGCGGCGGCCGCCGCCGUCCUGGAGAAGGGGGGCUGCGCUCGGGGCACCCUGCGGUGUCCCAGCCCCUGGCCCUCGGGGCGGCGGGCAGGGCGCGGGCGGGCGGCCGCCCGGGCGGGCUGCACUCCCUCCGUUCCCACCGAGCGGCUGGACAAUAGCGGGAAAUGCCCGAGAGACCCUCCCUCACACCCGUCAUCCCCAAUAUUAAAUGGCUGUGGAGUUUAUGUGGGAAAGGGUAUAAAAUUUUGACCCCACUUGUCAUGGAGACGAGGUAGGAAAACCUCCUAGGGACUCGCCAUCGGGAAGAGCAUCCCGGCAAAUUCCCACAGGGACAGUUUCUCAGAGACAAUGAUGACACUGAACGUUCAGAUCAUCUUUGGCCUUCUUUGCUGCAUGAUUUUUCUUCCUACAGAUGGCUUCCCAGCAGACACCAGUACGGAAUUUCGCUCUGCUUUCUCUGUGGCCAGAACCAGCAGCAUGGAAGGGAGCUCUGAGAUGGUGAUUACCUUUGACAAAGUGUAUGUGAAUAUUGGCAAUGAUUUUGACCCCAAGACUGGAUUGUUCCGCUGCCGGAUCCCAGGAGCCUACUACUUCUCCUUCACCGUUGGGAAAUACCCAAAGAAAAACUUGUCUGUCAUGCUGAUGAGAAACAAGAAUGAGGUGCAGGUAAUUGUGUAUGACGAACAUCACCGCAAGGAACGGAAGGUGGCCAGCCAGAGUGCCAUGCUGCAGCUUGACUAUGGGGACACAGUGUGGCUGCGUUUGCAUGGAGAUCCCAAGUACGCUCUUUACAGCAAUGUGGGGCCCUAUACAACUUUCAAUGGCUACCUGAUCUAUCCAGACACAUCUGCCUUCUUCCAGAAUGCUCUUGACUCUCAAGAGCUCGGGCCACACCCACACACAAUUCAGCAACUUCCCAGAGAGCAGAAUGAAGCUUCACAGCGACACGUGUUGUCUGACCAGCCAAAGAGGGUACAAGACCCUCGCUCUGCGUUUUCUGUUGCCCGCUCACAAAGUCUCCUGGGGACAGAUGAGAAGCAAACCCAGCACGAGCCAAUCACAUUUGAUACAGAGUUUGUGAAUAUUGGAAAAGAUUUCAAUUCCUCCACUGGCAUCUUCACGUGCCGUAUACCUGGCGCAUACUAUUUCUCCUUCACCAUUGGCAAAAUGCCCUUUAAGACUAUGUCAGUGAAACUGAUGAAGAACCACAAUGAGGUGCAGGCCAUGAUCUAUGAUGACAACCACUCCAAGCGGCGGGAGAUGCAGAGCCAGAGCAUCAUGCUGCCUCUGCAAUACGGGGACACGGUUUGGCUCUACAGCCAUCAGCAUGAUGGCUAUGGUGCCUACAGCAACCACGGCAAGUACAUCACCUUCACAGGCUUCCUCAUCUAUUCUGAGGCUCAGCCAAAGUGGCUUCCAGGUGCCAGCUCACCUCAAGGGUCAAACAAUUAAAUGCAGAUGUGAAAGGAGCAUAAGAAGAGUCAAGGUGCCAUGAACUUGGGUAUAGCUUCUCUGAAUAUCAUCCUCUACUUUGAGCAUGCUGUCAUGUGUCCAGUGCUUUCCUUACGCUGCACGCUUGUGCCCUGUCUGCAGGGCCACUGCUGUGUGUGCCGUUCAUCCGUAGAGAGGCCUUCCAGGUUGUAGCUGUGUGUCCCGUGUUGGUGUUUGAUUUAACAUAAAGCAUGAGGUAGUUUUGGGGUGGGGGGGGCACUGUAGUGAGAUGCUGAGGAUCAGAGAACUACGGCAGUCAUGUUACUACAGAUCUCCAGCAUCCAGAGAGCAAAGGGUGUGGUGGCUUUCCUUGUUUAUCCAGGGAGGGAAUAAAUGUAAUGAAAAUGAAUGUAAUAAAAAUACAAAAGAUGACAAUGGUCUC